AUGGCGCCGGCGCUGCUGGACGCGGCCAACUGGAGCACCUGCGCCGUGUGCGCCGUGAUGAAGGUGCCGCAGGUGGCCGCCGUGCUGGCGGCCCGCUCAGCGCGGGGCCUCAGCGUGGGCAGCCUGGCGCUGGAGCUCACCGGCUUCCUUGUGUUUCUGAAGUACCAGAUUUAUUAUGGUUACCCUCUGCAGACUUACCUGGAAUAUCCUAUCCUCAUUGCACAAGAUGUCGUUCUCUUCUUGUUUAUUCUGCAUUUCAGUGGAAACAUGAAACAAGCCUUGCUCUACACAGUCACAUUUGUAGGGGGGUGGUACAUGCUGGCACUGCAGAAGUGGAUAAUGGACCUGGCCAUGAAUCUGUGCACGCUGAUCAGUGCAGCGAGUAAGUUUGCCCAGCUGCGGUGCCUCUGGCAGACCAAAGAUUCGGGACAAGUGAGCGCCUUGACCUGGGCUUUGUCUGCGUAUACCUGUGCAACAAGAAUACUUACAACUUUAAUGACUACGAAUGAUCUUAUAGUUCUCUUCCGUUUCAUAACCAUGCUCAUUCUCAAUAUCUGGGUCACAGCCACAGUCCUGCACUACAGGAAAACUAAAAAGACUGACUAGAAGACACCUCUGAGCACACAACAUAGUAAGGAAAAAAAAAACUGGAAUAACUGAGCUUAAACAGCAAAACAGGGUUGGAGGAAGCUCUCUCUCUUGAGCUAACCUAGGUAUUUAUUCCUAAACAUACUUAGUAUAGUUAUAUACUUACUUUCUGACAGAAAUAAGUAAGUUAUAGCGUACUUUCUGACAGAAAUAAUUCUAAGAAGAUAUUCCAUUUAAGAAGCAUUUUUUAGUUAGUCAUUUAAGACAAGUUUCACUGAUAGCAUGUUUUCUCUGGUAAUUUUACUAAAUGAACAAGUUAUUUUGUAUUUGGAUUUUUAUAUAAUUCAAUACCACUUCAGUACUUUCUGGUUACGUAUAAGCAGUUUUCUUCAAUUAUACAAGAGCAAUUUUGCACCAUCGUUUUAACUCAUCUUUCUGCAUUGCUAUGUUUCAAUAACAGUAGUUGUUUGUUGUUGUCUUGYAGUCAACUCAUUAUUAGACAUUAACUACCAGUAUUUGAGGAUAAAGAAAAUCUGAAACAAUUCAGAAUAAGGUUCUAAAUGUGUUUUAUUAAGUCACAGGUGCACUUGGCAUUGCAGCACUUAGACACAACACUUUAAUACCAUAACUUACACAGCUGACACAGGAUACCCAYGGUCACUAUUUUCAAUAUACCCAGUUUUUAUUAGGAUAACAGCCAAAACUCAACUACUGCACUUGAAUUCUCAAAUGAGUAGCAGAGACUAGAACGUACAGAAAUGGAUGAGACUAAUGGGGAUAGGACCCGUGUCCAAGUCGAAGCUCCCGAACUGAUACCCAGAGUCUCCAAAUGUAGCCCGGGCUGAUGAUACCCAAUAACAUUUGAUGGACCAAAGCAAACUUAGCUCAGAAUAAUUAUUGUUUUUGAUGACAUUAUCCUGUGCUUUGUUAGUUUUUAACCUUUCUGUGUUGAGGAAUGCAACUGCACUUGAAUUUUUGCUUAGGACUARCGCUGAUCAAUUUGCACUAGGUAUAUUAAGAAGGGGGAAAGGAUAUUCGUUAGUAACUGUUAGAGGGGGAUUGUGCUUUUGGAAGUAAUAGACUUCCAACCAGUAGCUACAGGUGGUAGCCAUGGGGCUUGCCCUCAUUUCUCGUCACUACAUUCACCAAAUGGAGAAAAGGGCCCUUUUCAGAAGAGAUUUUUGGAUAUAACUUGAUAUGUURGCAUUUUGGAACGAAGGCACCCUCAAAAGGAAGGAAGGGGAAGACUUCAUUGACUGCACGUGAGGCAGCUUUUCUU